AUGACCGAACACACUUUGAAGCGGGUGGCAGUCAUUGGUGCUGGAAUAAGUGGUGUCGUUAGCGCUGGCCACCUCCUUGCCGCUGGGCUAGAUGUGACUGUAUAUGAGCGAAGUGAAGCUGCCGGUGGGGUGUGGCUUUAUGACAAGCGGGUGCCGAUCGAAGCUCAGUAUCCAUCUACCAAGCCAUCGGAACUAGCAAAGUUCAGCCGAGACGAUAGAGACGAGACUGAGAGACAACGCCUAAUACAUGCACCACCAGGACCCUGCUAUGAGAGUUUGACCAACAACGUGUCAACACCAUUGCUGCGUACAAAGCUCAAUGCGUGGCCGGAGGGAACACUCCCCUACGUUAAUCACCAUAUACUGAAGGAGUAUAUUCAAGAUACAGCCAAAAAGGCUGGAGUGGAGACCGCGACUAUAUACGGCGCUCUUGUGACAAGUGAAUGGCAUGUCCUCUGGAAGUCACUGCAUGAAGAUGCACAGACCGGCAAGUUAACUGAACGAGAAGAGUCUGAUAUUUUUGAUGCCGUUGUCGUGGCGUCUGGACACUACCAUACCCCUCUCAUCCCGGAUAUCCCUGGAUUAGCUGAGGCGAAAUCACAAUGGCCUGUGGAAAUCACUCAUUCGAAGUCAUUUCGCAAUGCAGAAGGCUUUGAAGGAAAGAAUGUCCUUUUGAUUGGAGGAGGGGUAUCCUCAGUUGAUAUUGCUCGAGAGAUCAGCCCAGUCGCCAAAAGGGUAUUCCAGAGUACCCGCAACGGGGCUUUUGAUAUCCCAGCCACUUCGCUCCCAGAAAAUGCCUCGCGGGUCGAAGAAGUUGCCAAGUUUGAACCUCUAUCGCCCGAUGAGGGGAAUAUAACCCAUUUACCUGUUGUUGCGCGUCUUAUGUCCGGGUCUACCCUGCAUGAAAUCGACAGGAUAAUACUAUGCACAGGAUACCAGAUGGUUCUGCCUUUCCUCCCACAGUAUAACGACAACAACAGUUUUUUUGCAGAUGACACGGCCAUAGUAACGGACGGCACCCAGAUACAUAACCUACACCAUGAUAUAUUUUACAUUCCAGAUCCCACACUGGCAUUCGUGGGAAUACCCUUCUAUACGGCAACGUUCACUUUGUUUGAGUUCCAAGCCAUUGCGGUUGCAGCGCUGUUUACUAAAGCAGCGAAACUACCGUCUGAAAAGGUCAUGAGGUCAAUUUACCAAGACCGUGUUGUUGCCAAGGGCACAGGGCGAAGCUUCCAUUCACUCAAGGGGAGAGGAGAAGCCUACGUGAGGACCAUCAUGGAAUGGGUGAAUGCCGACAGGGCUUCCCAAGGUUUAUCGCCAAUCGAGGGCCAUACUAAUUCUUGGCUGGAAGAAAAGAAGGUUCAGGUUGAGCGCUUAUCCCUUAUUUUUCAAGGUGCCAUUCCCUACGGAUUUACUAGCAACUUGAAGGCAUCAGUAGAGGUAAAGGUUGCGGCAUGA